CUCUGUGCUUUCCAUUAUUAGUUCUCCACCUCCAUCAUCCAUCAAGAACUCACACAGCAGCAGAGAGCAUAACUUCAUAUCGGCAAUGGUUAGGGCUCCAUGCUGCGAGAAAACGGGCCUGAAGAAAGGCCCCUGGACUGCGGAAGAAGAUCUGAUUCUCAUCAACUUCAUCACCCAAAAUGGACAUCCCAAUUGGCGGGCUCUUCCCAAACGGGCCGGAUUGCUGAGGUGUGGAAAGAGCUGCCGUCUCCGCUGGAUGAACUACUUGCGCCCCGAUAUUAGGAGAGGGAAUUUUACCCCACAAGAGGAGGAUUCUAUCAUUCAAUUGCAUGCACAAUUGGGAAAUAAAUGGUCCGUGAUUGCAUCGAGAUUGCCGGGGAGGACAGACAAUGAAAUCAAGAAUGUUUGGCACACCCACUUGAAGAAGCGGGUCGCCGGAAAAUAUCAACCCCAACCCCAACCGGUAACCAAGACCGGAGAAGUUGAAUAUUCUUCUAAUCAUUUUUGUCGGAAAGUGGAGAUGUGCUCGGAGCUCAGCUCGCCAGGGGAAUCCCUCAGUGAGGUCUCGUCGGCCAUCAUUUCCGACGCCGGUCACGGUGGCCGCGACGAUGCUCUGAUGUCGGAUUUGUUAGACAAGUGGUCGGAGAUGGGCGAGAGUUUCUGGUCAGAUGUUUUUCCGGCGGGGGAAUGGAGUGGCAGUAGUGAUUUCUUAUCUGGCAAUAGCGAUCCUGAUCAGUUUCGAUUUGCUGAGUCCGAAUUAAAUAUGGAAGAUAGCAGUUUUUGGCGGGACGUGUUUAAUAGGGCCGAGGAAUUAACAGAAUUUGUUGAUCUGCUUUAGUGGGUAUGCAUGGGAGAUUUAGAAAUCUGUAGUUUAGAGCUUAGAAUCAAAUUGCUUAUGUUCAUAUGAUCCUGUAAUGGGUAAUUUAUUUAUUUAUUUUUUACCAUGCCAAAUAUAUAUAUUGAAUGAUUUGUUAGAAGAAUACUCCUUCGAAUUUCACCAAC